AGCUGAUAUAUCUACACCGAACUUAGGGGCUUGUCGAAUGUCCUUCUCUGCUCUUGAAGUUUCAGCAUAGCAGAGGACUGAACCCCUAGGCCGUACCACCAGUCAAGAUGCACAUUACCACUCGGUAACGCAAGCCAAUCCUUCACUCCCUCUCCGCAUCCUACGAUCCGCCUGCCAUGGCCACACCGGACAGCCUUGACAAUGCAGCGCAGAGUGCAGAUGCUUCUCGUCCUCAUGUCUCUAUCCCGCAGUUUGACAAUUCUCCGAUACCAGAUCUUACGCCCGCUCAAGUCAACAUACCAUUCGACAUUACACCAGCAAUUGCAAUCGAUCCCAUUGCUCUCAUUACCACGGAAUGUAUAACAAUUACCUCUGCCAUGCGCAAACAUGCGCGCUGGGCUCAAUCUUCUGUGUCGACAAUCCUGGGCGGUGGUGCUUCGAGGCUACAAGAUUCGGAACUGCGUCGGUCUUCGUCACAAAGUCGGCGAGGAACACCCGUGAUAGCAGACCCAGGCAGGGCAAGAUUAAACGUCAAUAAUGCUUCAGAUGAUGAGAAUGCCAGUCUGGCUAGUCGAUGGGGACUACGCGGAAAGAAAGGAAAGAGCAUGCAGGACAACCCUCUCCUCACAGCCUUCUCUCGGUUGAGGAGAGAUCUGGCCGGAUGUAGAGACGUGCGCAGUGUGGACGCUCCUGAGCUUCUGCAUCCUUUCUUGCAGGUCAUACGCAGCUCCUCCACCAGUGCUGCUAUUACCAGUCUGGCUGUCAUCUCGAUCACGAAGUUCUUUGCCUACAACAUCAUCACCAUCAAGAGUCCAAGAAUCGGCCCGGCAAUGCACCUCCUCAGCGCAGCGAUCACCCAUUGUCGAUUCGAAGCUAGUGACACGGCAGCGGAUGAGGUCGUUCUGCUCAGGAUAUUGCGGCUAAUGGAGAACAUCAUUUCCAGGCCAGAGGGUCAAUUACUGGGUGAUGAGAGUAUCUGCGAAAUGAUGAGCACUGGCUUGAGUAUGUGCUGUCAGGCGCGACUGUCAGAAGUCCUGAGGAGGUCGGCUGAAAUAGCAAUGGUCACCAUGUGCCAAGUCGUCUUCAGCAGGCUAAAGUACUUGAAGGUGGAAGAACUAUCAAAGAGCAGGAGCCGCUCGAAUACCAAGACGACUCUGACGAGCGCAGCUGAAGAUUUGAAGAUCGAGCCGCCAAUGACUGGGAGUGUCAUGGGAAACGGAGAGACGGACCGUCCAAGCAUCGACACUGAUCCACGACCCAGCUCUGAGCAGGCCUCUGAAGCCAAGGCUUCAAGGGUGGAACCGAAGAAUACCACAGCACCGAGCAAAGAAGAUGGGGAUGAAAACGUCGAACCAUACGCUUUACCUUCCAUCAAGGAACUUUUCCGUGUCUUGAUCGACCUCCUUGACCCGCAUGACAGAACACAUACUGAUCCCAUGCGUAUCAUGGCCUUGAGGAUCAUCGAUGUUGCAUUGGAAGUCUCCGGCCCUUGGAUCGCUAAGCAACCCAUUCUCGCAGGCCUUGUCCAAGAUGAUCUGUGUCGACAUCUGUUUCAGCUUGUCCGCUCCGACAAUAUGGUCCUCUUGAACAGCUCUCUCCGCGUUGCAGGCACAUUGUUGGCUACUUGCCGGCAAUUACUGAAACUGCAGCAAGAAUUGUUUUUGUCCUAUCUUGUAGCGUGCCUGCAUCCUCGCGUCGAUAUACCACAAGAGCCAGGAAUUGAUCCUUCACUCUACGAAGGCGUGCCACAAGCCCCGAAACUGGUCAGGCCAGCUCCCUCACAGCCCAACAGUGGUCGGUCGACCCCCGUGCCGAUCAAGGAUAGGCAGAGAUUGGGACUUGAGGGCGGUGCCAGACGGCCAGAAGCGCGAGAAGCAAUGGUCGAGGCCAUCGGAACCUUGGUACGCAUGCCCACCUUCAUGGUGGAAUUGUUCGUCAAUUACGACUGCGAGGUUGACAGGCAAGACCUCUGUGAAGACAUGGUUGGACUGUUAUCUCGAAAUGCAUUCCCGGAUUCGGCAACCUGGAGUACGACCAAUGUGCCACCUCUGUGUUUGGAUUCCUUGCUGAGUUUUGUCCAAUUCAUGGCCGAGAGAGUCCGCCAAGGAAGACCUUCGGAUGCUGAGGAACGCAUAGAAAAGAUCAGGUUGCAACGGGUGAGGAAGAAGAUCAUCAAAAGUGGCGCUUCCAAGUUCAAUGAUGAUGCAAAGGCGGGUAUUGCUUACCUUGUGAGAAAUGGCAUUAUCGACAAUCCUGACGAUCCGGUACAAGUUGCACAAUUUCUCAAAGGGACAUCGCACGUCUCAAAAAAGAUGCUUGGUGACUUUCUGACGAAGAAGAACAAUGAACGUCUAUUGACUGCUUUUAUCGGUCUGUUCGAUUUCAAGGACAAACGGAUCGACGAAGCACUUCGAGAAAUCCUCGGCUCCUUCCGCCUGCCAGGUGAAUCUCCCUUGAUUGAGCGGAUUGUCAACAUUUUUACAGAAAGAUAUUGCUCCACGGUUAAUCCAGAGGAGAUUGCGGACAAGGACGCCGCAUUCAUUCUCACCUAUGCCAUCAUUAUGCUCAAUACCGAGCUGUACAACCCUAAUAUUAAGUCACAAAAGAGGAUGGCAGUCGAAGACUUCUCGAAGAAUUUGAGGGGGGUCAAUUCUGGGAAAGACUUUGCCCCGGAAUUUUUGCAAGACAUUUACGACGCGAUCAAGCAGAAUGAGAUUAUUCUCCCUGACGAACACGACAACAAACAUGCCUUUGAGUACGCAUGGAAGGAAUUGUUGCUGAAAACCGGUGAUGCUGGGUCACUCGAGUUGUGCAAUACAAAUGCAUUUGAUGCAGAGAUGUUCAAAGCGACUUGGAAACCCAUAGUUGCGACUCUCUGCUACGUCUUCAUGUCAGCGUCCGAUGACGCCGUCUUUUCUCGCGUCGUGGUUGGAUUUGACCAAUGCGCACAAAUCGCAGCCGAGUACGGCAUUACAGAGGCAUUCGAUCGCAUAAUCUACAGUAUCAGCCAGAUUAGUGGCUUGGCCGCAGAGAUACCUCCCAGCACAACCUUGAACACCGAGGUUCAGGUCGGGAAGAAGAGCAUCAUGGUUAGCGAGAUGGCUGUCAGGCUCGGAAGAGAUUUUAGGGCUCAGUUAUCGACCGUCCUACUGUUCCGUAUCUUGUCGGGGCAUGAGAACGCUAUUGGUGACACGUGGAUAUAUGUCGUGCGGAUUCUAAGGAAUCUUUUUGUCAAUUCUCUCAUCACAAUUCCCACCAUCGAAGGGACGAAAUUUGCUAAUUUGGGUCCUAUUCCUCUGCAAACACCAUCGCAAGUCAUCGACCGCGACGGGCGACUCGGCGACAGUGGCAUCUUCUCAACAUUUACAUCUUAUCUUUCGAGCUACGCUGCCGAUGAUCCCCCUGAACCUUCAGAGGAGGAAUUGGAAAAUACCCUGAGCUCGGUUGAUUGUGUGAAAGCCUGCCAACCGGAUCUGGUGCUCAGACACAUGGCUUCGCUUUCCCCGGCUCAGAUCAAGAGUUUAGUGUCUGCCUUGCUGUCACAGAUGGAAGAAUCUUCACCAGUGGUAACCGUCAAACCCGAGCGCCCUCUUCCAGUCACCGCAAGAGUCAACGGUCACCGCAUGCCAAAGGCUGGGUCAGAGUAUGACGCGGGGACCGUUUUCCUCCUGGAAUUGGCGACCAUGCUCACUUUGAGGGAUAACGAGACGAUCGCCGCAGCUGGUGAAGCUUUGACUGGAACACUCGAGAAUGCAGUUAGAGAUGCGUCGAAUAUCCAUCCACUGGCGCUGACAAGAAUCAUACACUACCUUCUCGAGUUGCUACGGUAUAGCUAUACUUACGAUUUUAUGCGCGCUCCCGUCGUUCUGCACGCCAUUUCUAGCUUCGAUGACACUGUCCUGGACCGUACGGCUCCAGUAAUCACGAAAGGACUAGCCAGCUGCAUCGCUAUUCCUGGAGCUUUGACCAAUGAAGUCACAAAAUCCCCCGAUUUCUGGUCUACGCUGCAACGACUACAUCAGCACAAGACGGAAGCUGAAAAGGUCUUCGCCAUCCUUACAACGCUGGCAACAUCCAAUCCAACAACUGUGACAGCUGACAACUUUGAAUCGGCCAUCGCACUCGCGAACGACUUUGCUGCUGCGGGCGCUAUUGGAUCAAUUCAAGAGAAGCGCAAGGAUUUUGCAGCCAAGCGAGGUCAUCAGGCGAAGCCGGCACGCGACGAAGAGAUUGCGGUAGUGCAGCGGGCGAUCAAGGCUGUCAGCCUAAUAUACCAGCUCAGUGAUCGUAUACCUGGCCUCAUUGCCCAGUCACAUCUUGAGCGCAACGAAGCCUGGGCGGCAUAUUGGUCGCCCAUAUUCCGGGGUUUGUGUACGCAAUGCGUCAAUCCCUGUCGUGAGGUCCGGCAUCGCGCGCUCUCGGCAUUGCAGCGCACCUUACUCUCGGAAAGCGUGGCAGACAGAGAACAACAUACGGAGUGGACAGCCAUAUUCGAUGAAGUGCUCUUCCCGAUGACGCUGAAGCUCUUGAAGCCGGAGAUCUAUCAAGUCGACCCCUUUGGCAUGAACGACACGCGGGCUCACGCUGCUAGCCUACUGUGCAAGAUCUUUCUACGAUAUCUCGACCGGCUUGUCGAAGUUGGACGAAUGAAAGAUGUUUGGAUGAAAGUGUUGGAGUUGCUUGAUCGACUCAUGAAUGCCGGCGCAGAAGGCGAUGCCCUGGCCGAAGCUGUACUUGAGGGCGUCAAGAAUGUUCUGCUCGUCAUGGAUGGGACGGGAUAUCUAGCAAGAGACGAAGCUACAGCAGUGCCUGAAUCGCAUAUACCAGUGCCAACAGAAGGCGAUGGAGCAGCUGAAGAAGCUGUCGAUGCAGGUGAGAAGCAGAAAGCGAAAUCGGAGGAUAUGCAGAUCUGGCCCGAAACGGUCAGACGCUUGGAUAGGUUCCUUCCGGGUCUCGUGCAGGAGCUCUUUCCUCCGCCACCUGACCCUCCCCAGGCCAGGAAGGCGGAGAGUGAGAGUCACAACAAGGUGGACGCUACAAGCUAGGCACGAGGAGAGGCGGAUGGCUUUAAAGGAAGUGGAAAGAUCCGCUGUCCACGAGGUCUUUCAACCUGAUAAUCGAAAUAAGAAGUCUUUCUAACGUUCUCGGG